GCGGGACGCUUCCUCUUCCUCCUCCUCCUCCCCCGGCGCGCGGGAUUCAGGUCAUGUGACUGGCCGGUGAGACGGGCUCACGUGACCCGGUCCCGCUCCCGGCGGGCAAGGAGGAGGGGGGAGUGGGCCGGUGGUGUCGGUUGCCAUGGAGACGCGCCUGCUGCUGCUGCCCCUGUGCCUGUGCUGGGCCCUGAGCGCGGGGGGCGCCGAGCGCAGCGGGCCCCCCAACCUCCUCAUCCUGCUCAUGGACGAUAUGGGUUGGGGUGAUUUGGGAGUGUUUGGAGAGCCCUCUAAAGAAACCCCUAACUUGGACCAGAUGGCUGCAGAAGGGAUGCUCUUCCCAAAUUUCUACACUGCUAACCCUCUGUGCUCUCCAUCACGAGCAGCGCUGUUGACGGGACGUCUCCCCAUCAGGAAUGGGUUCUACACCACGAAUGCACAUGCCAGAAAUGCCUAUACACCACAGGAAAUAGUAGGGGGAAUCCCAGGUUCUGAGCUGCUGCUUCCAGAAUUGCUGAAGAAGGCAGGAUAUGUCAGUAAGAUCAUUGGCAAAUGGCAUCUGGGUCACAGACCCCAAUUCCACCCCUUGAAGCAUGGAUUUGAUGAAUGGUUUGGAUCCCCUAAUUGCCAUUUCGGACCUUACGAUAACAAAGCCACCCCAAACAUCCCUGUGUAUAGGGACAGGGAAAUGAUUGGCAGAUAUUAUGAAGAUUUCAAAAUUAAUCUGAAGACAGGGGAAGCAAACUUAACUCAGAUCUACUUACAGGAAGCUCUCGACUUUAUUAGCCGGCAGCAAGCCAGUCAUCAGCCGUUCUUUCUCUAUUGGGCUAUUGAUGCCACUCAUGCUCCUGUUUAUGCCUCCAAACAGUUCUUGGGCACUAGCCAGAGAGGGUUGUAUGGUGAUGCUGUGCGAGAAAUUGAUGACAGCAUUGGGAAAAUCCUAAAGUCCCUUCAAAACCUGGGCAUCAGUGAGAACACUUUUGUGUUUUUCACAUCUGAUAAUGGAGCUGCUCUUAUUUCAGCACCUAAACAAGGAGGUAGCAAUGGUCGCUUUCUGUGUGGUAAACAAACCACUUUUGAAGGUGGGAUGAGGGAGCCAGCUAUUGCUUGGUGGCCAGGCCACAUACCUGCAGGACACGUGAGUCAUCAACUGGGUAACGUGAUGGAUCUCUUCACCACCAGCCUCUCCCUAGCGGGAUUGCAGCCUCCCAGUGACAGACAGAUUGACGGUAUUGACCUUUCUCCUGCCAUCCUACAGGGCAAGCUAAUUGACAGGCCGAUAUUCUAUUACCGUGGCAACGAGAUGAUGGCAGUGAGACUUGGGCUUUACAAGGCUCACUACUGGACCUGGAGCAACUCCUGGGAGCAGUUCAGUCAGGGUAUUGAUUUCUGUCCUGGGCAGAACAUUUCUGGAGUAACAACCCAUACUCAGGAGGAACACACCAAACUGCCUCUGCUCUUCCACUUGGGAAGGGAUCCUGGGGAAAAGUAUCUGAUAAGUUUUUCCAGCUAUGAGUACCAGGAAGUUAUGGAACAAAUAUCCCCCAAAGUCCAGCUGCACAAGGAGACCAUGGUGCCAGGGGAGCCACAGCUGAACGUGUGUGACAAGGCUGUCAUGGAGACGCUCAUAUGAAAUCCCUCUGCCUUCCCGUUCGCCGCCCGCAGAGAUUGUUGAAUUGGGCUCCUCCAGGCUGUGAGAAGCUAGGAAAGUGUCUGGAACCUCCCAAGUCCAAUCCAAAGAAAUGCUUUUGGCCGCACUAAUAUUCCAGCACACAGGAUCUGCUCGAAAGCCGUAAGCAGCUGAGAUCAUGGUUCAGAAUGCACAUGGACACUUGUGUUUACGUCAUGGAAGGGAGUGAUGUAAGAUAUCAUCACCUACUCUUCAGAAGGGACCAAUGGUUACAGCAUUACUUCUCAGGGUUUUAGCAAUUAGUUUUCAUUUAAUUCAGUGUCUCUCUUAAUGGGUCAAAUGAGAUGUUGCUGCAAUACAUGGUAAAUUUUCAGUAAUUAAUAUAAUUUUUAAAUGAUAUGACUAGAGAAGAUUUUCAGCCAAUCACAACUCUCACGUUCCCUCAGGAAUGACUUGGCUGUCCAGUCAACUUGCUCCUUUCCCACUCAGGCUGUUUUCUUCAUUAAAGUGGCUGAAAGUGGCCUCAAGGGAAGGUCCCAGAAGAAGGUUGCCCAGAACUUUCAUACCCUCCAGAUAGAAUAUGCCAGAUUUGCUUUGCUUUACUUUCUGGUCACAUAGGAAUAAAGUUUGUAGCUAGCUGCAGUCAUUUUCAGUAACUAUUUUAAAAUUGUACUUCUAGUGUAAGCUCUUCGAGGCAUGGCCUUUUUUUUUCUUUUUAUCUUUUUUAGUGUGUGUACAUAGCACCUUUCACAAUGGUCCCUGCACCCACAGGCGCUGUCUCCCUGAUGCAAACAUUACCAGCAGGUUCCAGCAGGAGAAUGCCCUGUAUUUCUCAAGCAUGAAUCUGCAAACAGAGCUGUUGUGAGCAUGAGCUAGGUAAUGUUUGUAAUGCACUUUGAAGAUGAAAAGUGUGAUGUAAGUGCUAAAUUUCCCUACAGUAUUACACGGAGUCCCUUUGGGACCCAGGAAUGGCCCUCAGUGGCUUAGUCCAUGAUCCAUUCACUUCAGAAACUCUGGGUUCAGAUAUGGAUUUGGUCACGCUUCCAGCCUGCCACAGGAAGUCACUUUUCAGUCAUAUGGGCACAGCCAGUUGGAGGCUCAGAAAGGCCCAUUUGCAUCAGGAUCUUUGGUCUUGGCAGUGUUCCCAGUUUAUGCUCUACGGGGAAUUCUUCUCACAGUGCAAACUGUCCAAGUGCCGCACUCAGCAUUCUGGGGCCAGCAUUCCUGGAAGUGUCGUUCUCAGGAAGUGUGGAUCCCCAGCAGAAUUGCACAGAGAAAGCUCUUCCCCUGGCUCUGUAUCUGGUACUCAUGCACCUCGCUAGUGCUAGUGGCUUUCUGGUGCACGAAGAAAAGCUAACAAGCCAUUUGGGGAUUGCUGAGGACACACUAGCAGUAAUCCUGGACAGCCUGUCUGGGCCACUUCCGCCACUCCAGAGCACUUGAUGCUAUUCCCAUUUGUCUUGAUGCAGAGGAGAGUUGCUUCAGGAAGGAAACAACUCUUCCACUCCUCCCCCCACCAAAGCCCAUAGCUCCACAUAAAUGGAGACAACCAGCUUCGGUGCGAACCAUUAUACCACCCGUUGAGACCCUGGCUCUGCAACUUUUGCCCACACAAGCUCUUCCCCUGCUUCCAAGCCUAAAUAACCCAAUCCCGCUGUUCCCCCAAGUACUUACCUCCUCUAAACCCCUUCGCAGAGGCUGGACAGCCCCACGAACGUAGGAUUGUCAAGAAGUGACACCGGAGUUGGCCGUAGCGCCCUUUGUGUCAGGAAUUAUAACCAGUACCAGAGCCUCACCCUCCAGCAGAGCCCUCUUAGUAUCUCACAGGUCUGCUCAUCUGCCGGGGUGAUUUUUCUGCUGCUCUUCAUCUUAUGUACCUUGUGGGUUAGAGUGUUCCGUGUUAUCCAUCAAAGAUCUCAAGGCGUCUCUGUUUGAGUCCUAACAUAUUUUAUGUAUGUCAUCCCGGUAUGGCUGGUGCACAGGGCCCAUUUUGAGUGAUAUGCUGGAUGACAGGAGGUGAUGGAUUGGAUCCUGACUGUAGCCAAAGGAAUCAUUACAAAAUCGGCACCCCCAUUUCAGAUCUCUCUCCUCUCUAAGCUUGACUGCCGCUGGGGUCUGUCACCCAGAAAUGCUCAGAGCUCUACUAGCCAUAUUUGUUUAAUACUCUGCACAAUCGACAGGCAUGGAGAUCAGCAAAUGUUGGAUUCCUUUAUUAUGAUGCUCUGAAAAUCCUGUCAACCUAAAAUGUAAUUGUUAUGAAUGCAAUGCUACGAGAUCCAUGGACGAAAGGCACCAUAUAAACAGAGGUCAAUGCUUGUUCUUUGAGCUCCAGCCCACUAAGUUAUCGCUCAUUCUAAGCAUUUAUACCAUGCUUGUCACAGGAGGAUCUGGGUGCUUCUUAUCCCAUGUAUUCCUUACCCACCUUUUUCUUUCUUUCCCAGUUUAUCAUCUCGAAGAUGCUGCUUUUCCCCUCUCUCUAUAUCUUGCUGAUACAGGCCCAUCAAUUUCUUAAUGCCCUCAGUAUUUGAUCAGUUGAUUUUCAUCACUCUGACAACUCAGUUGCUUGAGAUAACACUCCCACACUCCUGAUUUCUGUGAUCAAAAACAAAGGAACAGUCAGACACUGCAAGCCAACAUCCUUAGUACAUCUGACUGUUCCUUUACUAACUUUAGGCUUUGCCAACUCCAGGUGGGUUGCAUCAGCUGAAACAUUCCAGAGGAGCACAUAAUAUUGACAUUUUCCCUCCUUUCUUUCUGGUUCUCUAAGCAUCAAAGUGUUGUAUUAUUGUCUGGAAAAAAAGGGAGGUGGGGAGAGAAACCAAGUUAGAGAAUGUGCAAAAAUAAAUGAAACUGAUGCACAAGCUUGUAAAUCAAAAUGACUGUGCACCCAGCCAGGGCCCCUUAAUGGGGGCACAGUAAGAGAUAUGUAGCAGCCUUGAGAUCCCAGGAUGACUUGUUCUGAUUACACAGAUAUCAAGAGUACUGAAUUGAUUAGAGUUUUACAAACAGCCAUAAGUGUUCAUUAUAAUAUUUCUAAGAUGACAUUGAAUUUAUAACAACGUGUCUGUGGUGUGAUUUGGAAACAAUCAUGCUGAAGUGAUGAAUGCUGAGAAGUGCAACAUUUAGAGCCAGUUUUUUCAAAAGUGUGCACGCAAAAUGUCUAUGUGCACAUUUAUUUGCAGUAGUUCUGCAUAAAAAUAGCCGUUUAGAUGUCUAAUUGAUUUAAUUAAUCACUUGCAUGUGCAGUUAUGACAAGUGAAUAUACAUAGCACUCUUAUUUUAAAUCAAUCCCUUUUCCAAAGAGAGACAGAUUUUGCACACAUCUGCAUGCAGAAUUCUGGAUGCUGUAAGUAAAUCGACAGUGAUAUUUGUUUAAUUCUCUGCUCUGCACUUGUUUCUUUAUAAGAGACAGAAAUUUGAUAUGAAGGAGCUACUGCUUUAAAUUAAAAUAAUAAUUGUAGCAAAUGGAAAUUAGAUUGUUAAGAAGUAUUUUUAAUCAAUGCCUCUUUCAAAGGUGGACAGUUUUUAAUGUUGUUGUGGGCCCAGGGGAAUUGAAGAACAAAAUAAAAAGGUGUUUGAUCAG